AUGGAAGACGGUACACAAGCCGCGCCAGUACCACCGUCUCUGAAAUCAGAGCCAGACUCAGAGCCGAUUUCGAGACCCAGUUCGGUAUCUACACAAGACUCAGCUUCACAGAACCUUGCACACCAUCUCUCCGGAGUUGCUGCGCUUGCCACCACCAACUCUGUAGCGAGCUCUCCGCAGCAAAGACCUGUCGCGAUUGCGCCAGCAAUGUACCCGUCAGGAACAUCACCUGCGAGCACCGCACCAGCUCCCGGGGGCAAUCUGCCUACCUGCCAAAACUGUGGCACAUCGACAACGCCGCUCUGGAGGCGCGAUGAGACGGGCGCUGUUCUCUGCAAUGCGUGCGGUCUCUUCCUCAAGCUUCAUGGUCGUCCGCGGCCCAUCUCGCUCAAAACGGAUGUAAUCAAGAGCCGCAAUCGUGUCAAGACGAUGCGACCUGAUCUUGCGAAGCAGAAAAAGACUCAGCAAAACCACAACCUUGCGCAACCGGGCGAUGUGAACGGGAACGAUCUCGGCACUCCUGGUAAUGGAGUAACGGCGGCGAAUCUCGGCGCUCGUAGGACGUCACAGAAAUCCGCAAAUGGUGCAGUUGACGAUACCAAUUCUCCCAUAUCACGCACUGGGACGCCUAGUCUCUAUGGGGCACACAUCCACCCCCUAUAUCACAAUAUAGACGACCAGCUACAAGCGCAACAGCUAUCUGGCUUUCCUGGAGGGCCCGAUGGUCGCGCCCCAUCGCCUUUGAAUGGCGAGCGCUUAGACAUGCCUCAGACGCACGAGCAGCUUCUUGCAACGAAUUCAAGCUUGAAAACUCGUGUCAGCGAGCUUGAGGUCAUCCAGGAGCUUUACCGCGGGAGAAUUCAGCAACUAGAGCAGGAAGAAGCGAAUCGGCAGGCCCAAGAGAAGAACAAAUCAGAGGUUGAGAUACAACUGCGCUCGCAGCUGGAUGCCAUGAAUGAGGCGCAUGCGCAAUUGCAAAAGGAGCUGGAAGAAAGUCAUCGGAGAGAGAACAUGCUUAAGCGGCGGUUGGACGAGCUAGAGGUCGAGCUUAAGGAGGCCAAAGAAUCUCUCGAGGUGCACGAAAGCGGCCGUGCGAAGAGAUCCCGUGUUGACGAGCCUGCGGCCACCGAUGACGAUGCUGCUUCAACCUCACAGCCGGCGACGCAGCCAGUUUCAUAG